AAAUUAGUCUAAAUAUUCAUAUGAUGAAAUCAGCUAGAAAUACCUAUACAUGAAGACUACUAUCAUUUUAUCAUAAGAAUACAUGUAUGUCACUGUAGCAGACAUAUAUCACUUGCAUAUAUAUAGGUACAGUGUAUGUGUGAUGGGAAUAUACAGGAUCAUGAAGGCAUGAAGUUUUACAUAGUUAUUAUCCUAUAUAUAUAUAUAUACACAUACAGUAGUCCCCCGGUAUACCGCCCCCCGUUUCAAAUGCCACCCCGCAUACCGCCACAAUUUUGUUAGGAACGGAUUUCCCUGCUAUAUAAAACCCUGUUAAUAUCGCCAUUCCCCGCAUAUCGCCAUCCGCCAACUAAUUUCAAAUACCAAACUGCCAUAUCCCCCGAAAUUAUCGCCAUUGUUUACGUUUUUGCUGUCACUCACGUGUCCAUCGAGUCGUCGGUCAUGCGUGUAUAAUCCACACAUACAGGUGUAUACAGGUAAGUUUCCUCGAGUACAAAGUAAAUACUACUCACCUGAAAUAUUUGAAUGUGUUUUGUGGUUGUUUGUCCAGUUUGCUUUUCAUUAUUGAAAUGGACACACCAAAGAAAACACGCACCCUAGCUACUCAGCUUGGGACAGAAACGAGAUAUCAGAGAAUAUGCCGGGACUCAUCCAAAAUAAGAUAGACUGAAAUGAAGACUUAUGGGUUGUGGAUCAUCAUCUGCGACCACUGCUGUGAUAGCCACGUCUAACAGCAACCUAAAGGUCAACGGUCAAAUCACAGCAAAACACCACUCAAAAAAUAGUGUAGCUGAGGAAAAAAAUCAGACAGAAGAUAGUCCAAUUUUAAUCAACAAGGAAAACGUUAGAACUGAUCAAAGUUCACAUCUAGAAAAUCCUAAUAAUAUUCAAACUGAUAAAAAAACAGAAAUGUUUAUGCAGGAAAGAGAAGAGGGUAGGUCGGAGAUUACGAUUCAGCCGGGUAAUCAAGAUAAAGAGAAAAUGGCAGAUACAACAAAAGAAGGGACAGAUAGUACAGAGAAAUCUGUUGCAGAAGACUUGGAUGCAAAGGAAAAAGAAAAAGAGAAAACGAAACCAUUAACAGAGGAAGAAAUGAAAGAAAAAAUUCAGAAGACUUUUGAAGAUGCAAAACAUACCUGGGGUCCAUUACAUGACAAAAGUCUCUUGGUGGAUGCAGAAACAGGGAAGAUUAACCCAACAUACAGGAGAAUAUCAAACAACUCGUUCCUUUAUCAUUUCAGAUUGAAAGGUUGUCCUUUAAAUGUCCAAAAUAAGUUUAAAAUGGAUUAUUAUCGACUCAUGGUGGCAGAGGGCGCAGUAACACAAUUUUGUGAUAUGGUGGUUUAUAUACUGAAACAGGGAUAUGAGAAUGAGGAUGGCACAUUGGAUAUGGUGAUGUGUACACCAUUGUUGAAUUCGUUUGGGAUAUUGACUAAUUUUUCGGACAAUGAAAUAGAGAGGGCUGACAUCCUCGUGGAUCAUCCAGAGUUUCUUGGUUGUCUUGCAGAGGGUUUAAAGAAAUGGACAGAGCCUCAUCUGAGUGGAGAAAAAAUAGGCGCCAAUCGCAUUAAAAUCGUAAUCGGCAGUCCUUUGUCAAUCAUUCACAACAUAGCUAUGCAAGACAAAAAUAUUGAAAAGCUGCAUAGCCAAGGAUUUGUUGAUUUGUUGAAGCCGUAUUUAAACUCGCCCAUUGAGAAGUACCGACUAUCAGCCGUAGCAUCACUGGCAGAUAUUGUGAAUGAACAGGAGAGCGAGAUCAUUCGAACAGACGAAGGUGUAAUGAAGUUUCUCAAGAACAGUCUGACACGUGUUAUGAAGGAGAAAAAUAGGAGAAUAUUUGGAUGGAGCCCCCAGGAACUAGCUAGAACCGUAAAAAGAAUCGCAAGGAAUGAUGCCAAUAAAAGAGCUCUAGUAGAACAAGGAGUGCUUCCCCCACUCGUCAAACUGGCCGAGAGUGAAGAUGUCAAGGAACAAAGAGAGGCUGUAGGGGCCAUGUGGACCCUGUCAUUUGACAAGGAGAACCAGAAAGAUAUGGUUCAGGAUGAUGAGUAUAAGCCAGUGGACACUUUCAUACGCCUCCAGCAUUCUCCGGAUAAAGAAGUGAGGAAAAUCUGCAAUGGGGCUCUAUGGACAAUGAGAGAAAGAUUGGCAGAGUCAGAACUCUACAAAGACAUAGGUAUAAAACUAAUGUCACCCAAGCAAAGUCCUGUCCAUGUUCCUACAAAUGGUCUCCAAGAAGUGAAAUCUGAAGGCCACAUUAUGAUCAGUUACCAGUGGGGUCACCAGAACAUGUUGAAAAAGGUCCGUGAUGGUCUACGAGUUAACGGAUUCAAAGUAUGGAUGGACAUUGAUGACAUGGAGGGGUCCACACUAGAUGCUAUGGCUCGUGCUGUGGAAAAUGCUGAGAUUGUCCUUGUUUGCUACUCACAGAAAUACAAAGACAGUGACAACUGUAGAGCUGAGGCUGAAUAUGCUUUUCAAAAGAAGAAAAAGGUGAUUCCGCUUAAAAUGGAACUUAACUACAAACCAGAUGGCUGGCUGGGGUUCAUCUGUGGUGCCAAGCUUUUCUUUGAUUUUGGGGGAAAGUAUUCGUUUGAGUCCCGCAUGGAGGGUCUAGUGAAAGAAAUCUCAUCGAAGCUAAGCAAGGAUAUGGUUGAUAGUGUUAUCAUCCCAGAGUCAGCCUCAGUUGUUGCCAGUGCUCCUGUUGCCCAGGAUCUCGUGGUUGAACCUGUGUAUAGCACAUCGCCGCCAGCUGGUGGCAGUCAAGUCUCCAUGACAACAGUAGAGUUGGUAAAAAAGUGGAAAGAACAAGAUGUUGAAAAAUGGAUGGCAAAGCACAGCCUAUCUCCGCAGCAAUUGAAAAAGAUGACGGGUGUAGAAAUAGCGUUCAUGAUGUUACUCAAAUCUGAGUCGCCUGAUUUUUUCUACAAGGUGAUCACAGAUACCCUGAAGAUUACAAACCUUCUUACAAUUGCACAGUUCAGGUUUGCUUUGGAUGACACAAAACUCUAAACAAAUUAAGAAUCUGCAAAUAGUAUUGGACGAUCAACAAUACAUCAAUCUCUGAUGGCAGUUACCGAUGGUAGUUACUGAUGUCAGUUACCGAUGGUAGUUACCGAUGGUAGUUACCGAUGGCAGUUACCUAUGGUAGUUACCGAUGGCAGUUAUUGAUGGCAGUUACCGAUGGCAGUUACCGAUGGUAGUUACUGAUUGUAGUAUGCUGGUGUUAUUCUGUCACAAAAGUGAUAUCUUUAGUGUCUUGCUUUGCCUGACAUACCUUUCAUCAAUCUAUUUUUAGAAAACAGAAUGUAUUGCUAUGAAAAGGGACAACAACAGCUAAAUUAGUGCUUCUCUAUCUGGCUGUUUUGUUUUGUUUUGUUUUUAACUUUUUUUCAUGUUUUGUUUUAUUAAUCCCCUACUGGAGAAAUUAGGGGAACGAUAUGUUUCCUCUCCGUCCAUCUUGUACGUUUGUAUGCAAGAAAUGCAGCAGUGGAUAUGUAUUGCUUUAGCAAUUCCCAGUAUUCUUGUUGAAAUUUUAUUUCUUUUGUUAGUAAAAUCACUUCAUGCCUAUCAUAACAAUGUUUUAUUUACCCGUAGGCACUAUGUUGUUUAGAUAUUCACGGUAUUUUUUCUGUGGAAACUGAAAGUGUUAAGUGUUUAGAUUCAACCAUUUUCUAAAUAUUGUGAUUUUUCGGCAUUGUAUAAGGAUUAAAAUAGAGAAUCCUUUUUGCUUUUAUGAUGGACCGAAAAGUAGCAAUAGAUUUAUUUUCACAACAAACAUUGUGUUCAAAUACGGUUUGUCUCAGCAUUUAUUUAAAUGCCUUGUAUCAUGAAGAAAUAUAUGAUCUUGUGACAGUUCGUUGGAAUACCUCUAAAUUUGUAUGUUUGUUAUCAUAUACUAUCCAAUUGCAAGAUCUCUGAUAACACAUGUCGAUUAUUGUGUAAAGUUGUUAACAUAUGAGAUUAUAGAAAUACAACAUACAUAUGUUUUUUUCUCCUUCUAGGACGUUUAAGUGAUGUAAUAGGGGACAAAAUCCACAUGGAAGGUCUGGGAAAUCAUAAAGAGACCAAUAGAUCAUGAGAUUAUGUAGAUAUUCUGAACCGUUGUGCCAUUAUUUUUUAAAAUUUCAAAGUGGCAUCCAGGAUAACAGUAACUUUAGGGGACGUUCAGUCUACCAGCAGAGUUUACCUGGUACCACCUAGUUAUCAAACUUGUAACCUGUAAGCAUCAUGUUAUAAUUAAUUUUUCUUUGUUUUCAUGGUAAAUAUUCAAAUGUGAUUGGUCGAAAAAUUCUUUUCAUUCUUCUAUGAAAGAAAUUCUGAGAAUGGCGUGAAAAAUGUGACGUCACAAUACGAC